CUUGGUUAUUGAUCGAAUCGACGAAAACAUUUCAUUUUCUUUGUGACUGUCAAAACAAAACACCAGCCACUCAUGAAAUAAGUGUUAGUAAAUUCAAAAGAGGAGGUAAAAAGGUUUGAAAGUGGUCGAAAGUGAGUACAAAUGUUCUGUUUCGAAAUUUGAGACCGAAAAGACUGAAUUUUUGGAUUUGGUGUGUGUCAGGAAAAUUGCGCAAAACUGAACUCGACCGACGUCGCACCAACCAAAUCUCGACGGAAAAAGUCGUGGAAAAUUGCAUUUUUGAAAAUCUUACAUGAUUUUUCGUGCUUUCUGCUGAUUGUAAACGUUUUACUGUUCAUUGCAUACAAUAACAUGGAGGCAUUAGACAUAGCGCAAGAAAGUUUAUUGGCAAUGGUCAUACGAUACGGUUUAUACAUUGGGGCAAUCUUCCAAAUGGUUUGCUUGGGUGCUGUUAUCUUCAUGGUGCCAAGAAACUCAUCCAAAUCCACGACUGCCGGCGCUAUAUGGAAUUUCCUCCGGGGAGAUAUUGAGGAAUACAGUUCAAGCCACUCAUCACCACAAGAAACACCGAAGCGACCAUACGGUCAUCGUAGCCGAAAGCAAGAUAAAAAGAAACGACGUUAGAUUGAAAAUACUCACAUCGAUACCAAUACCAUUAUUAGACAAAGCCAGUGAUAAUUUCUACAUCUUUGCAUCAAUCAUCAACAAAUCCAAACAUUUUUCUUUCUCGUUCCUCUUCAUUUCAUUUCAUUUUAUUUGAUAGGUAUUUAUACAAAGAGAUUUUGAUGACAAGCCGUAAUACCAAGCCAAACUCUACAACAAACUAUAUAAACCUGCGUAUUGAAACAGAUUUUUUUUUUCCAUUUUGUAAGCUUAAUAAAAUAAUUUCAGAUAAAAUAAUAUAA